AGACCUCAGUCAUGACCGAAUUUUCGCAUGGCACACACAUCCAGUGUCUUGGAACAUAAAGCUUCCCAACUCUGAGUUGCAAUUGAGCCUUGCCUAAGGUAGAUAACAACUUUCCGCUUCUGGUCGUCGAUACAGCCGCGUUUCUUUAAGGGCGACACGGGAACGAUUGCGUUCGUCACCAUCUUCAACCUCACUGAAGCCAAAGUCUACAAUCUUACUUUGCAUCGCCACUCAUCCAAAGGAAUUCCUCUGGAUCUUGCAGCCGUCGUAUAGUCCUCUAUCAUGGAUACCACCAACGGCGCUGCCGCCCAGGUGGCCGCGUCCGCUGGUAACGAUGGCAAUCCCAACGCCAACGGGUCUCCCCCACCUUCCGACUCUGAUGGCUUCAAGUUGAAAUUUUCUACCGUUUGUGCAAGCAACCAAAAUAGGUCGAUGGUUGCCCAUCUUCGACUUUCGCAAGCGAACUAUCCCGUUAUCUCCUUCGGUACAGGCUCCCUUGUGAGGCUUCCCGGACCAUCCAUCACGCAACCUAACGUGUACCACUUCAAUAAAACAUCCUAUGAUAGUAUAUACAAAGAACUAGAAUCAAAAGAUACCCGUCUGUAUAGGGCAAACGGUGUUCUUAACAUGGUAGACCGAAACCGUCAUGUCAAAUGGGGACCCGAGCGAUGGCAGGAUUGGCAAAUUGGCAUGCCACGGCUAGAUAAAACCCAAGAUCGUGGCAGUGCGGGCACAGAAGGUGGGGUGGUCGAUGUGGUAAUUACAUGCGAGGAACGGUGCUGGGACGCGGUGAUCGACGACCUCAUGGCCCGAGGAGCGCCGCUUAACCGUCCUGUUCACGUCAUCAACGUCGACAUUAAAGAUAACCACGAGGAGGCCAGCGUUGGAGGGCGGGCCAUCCUGGACCUCGCGAACGACCUCAACGCUGCGGCCGUGGAAGAGAGGAAGACGGUGGGAGCGAAUGCCUUUGAUACUGGGAACGCAUCUGCCCGGGCCAGCUUCGACGAACGGGUUCCCGAUAUACUGGCAGCUUGGCAGGAGCGCUGGCCACACCUCCCUGCUCUCUGGACAUUGGCUUGGUUCUAAACGGCUUCUUGGGUAGGGGUUUGGUGCUGCCGCAUCUCGGGUUGCUUGGUAAUUUCUUUGAGCGUGGCGUUCCGGCUGAGGGAAGAAUUCUGGCCUCGACAGAAAGGGAAUUGACGAUUUUUGGUUUAACAAGAUGUUCUGGGGCAGUAUCGAUACGAACAGAUACAACAAGGCCAGGGGAUACCGGACAAACUGGCGCGUGGGCCUGCAGAAGAUGCCACAACAGCGGUAUAAACACAUCGGUUUUACUGGAUUACAUAAUACUGGACGCAUGCCAUUCCUCCAAUGUCCAUCGUUCACUGGAAUAUGAUAGUGAAAACCGUUCUCAACGCGUCAAGCCCGGUCGUCUGGAAUCUUGCCUUUGCCUCUUCAACAGCUUGGAUAGCUUCGUCCUUCUGCUCCAUACUCU